CCGAUUUUUAGUUUUCUCGGGUAUCACCUACUGUACUUCCCCCCACUGUCUUCUUCCUUCUCGYAUUCGAGUUAAAGUCAUGGAUUAUUAAUAACACUUUCGAUUCCAAAACUAAUAUCCACAGGCAAGCAAACAUCAGUCGCUACAAUACAAGAGAAUUGAUAGUCACACAUCGUCAGAAUGCCUAUGAUAACAAAAAAGUUCACCCGCGGGUCGUUAAAACGAGCAAGUAGCAGUGGGAUAUCUUUGGCUAAUGAUAGCGAAGACCCAUCGAAAGCCGAAAUAAUCCAACUCAAAACGGCUCGAGCUCGCAGCAAGUCCAUGCAAAACCGAAAUGCCAUGAACCAGCAGCAUCGAAGGCAUCGUUCUUUGUCAAGAGACCCCCAAUCACGGCAACCAUCCGCAGAUAUUGGCGGACAAACGAUCCGAAACUAUUCACAUCCAAAUGAUACCUACAACCAAGCCUUCAACGAGGCGGAACUUCAAACUGCAAUGAGUAGCUUGACGGAACCGACCUGGGCACCGUCCGACCUCGGACGAUCGGAUGUCAAGCCGACCCAUCAUCGACAGAACCAGCAAAUGCAGCGAAGCCGAACAGGGAAUUACAACAACGUGCGUUACACGUCACGCCCUCAAUACAAAAAAAAGUUGAAUCGUGCAACUGUUACGAUUUCAACCGGCAAAGAUCAGAAGGAAACAAAAAUUUUGCUUCUUGACAACAACGACACUCGCAAGAGCCAGGAGGGAAUCGAAGCAAGUCCCAUCGAUCCCGACGAGGAGAGGAACGACGAAGCCGAUGACAAAACUACCACGACCGGGCUCGAUCACCUCCCUACUAAGCCUAAGGCUAUCCGCAGCAGUGAUUUGCGGGAUGGCGUCUCGAGCCGAGAUGAUGCUCCUUCCACUCCGAAACAUGAUGCUUCUUCCUCGAGAGCCAGAUCAAAGACCCGUCGAGCAGGUGAUCAAAGCAGUGUGUCGAAGACACGUGGAAGAAGCGGACGUCCGAGUAGCGAUCGGAAGAGCCUCAGGCGUUCGUCUUCUGUUGCAUCUCGACGAUCCGCUCAUUCAACUAGGACAGGAUCCACCGCUCCCACCGUUCCCACUUCGUCAACAGCUUCAUCUCAAUCGAGAAUAUCAAGAACGAAGUCCAAAAUCCGAGGCGUGUCCACUAGAAAAAAAGUGAAUGACAACAAGUCGAAAUCCUCUACGAGUAGAUCAUCUUCUGUGCCGCCUACGAUGUCGGACAGCAAAAGAAAACAAAGAACACUGUCAGUGCCACCUCUGGACCAGAAGAAAAGUGACAGGAAGAACGAUAACAAUGAAUUUAUGGAUGCGAUUCUAGACACAUCUGAAAUUGUAGAAGAUCCGGCAGUGAUGUCAGUGCGAUCGAAAUCCCAAUUUCAUCCACCAUCUUUCAGGUCGUUGGUUGAAUCACCGUUUGAUUGCCGGCCAACCCCUUCGUCCGCUGUUGAGGCUGCACGAAUGUCGUUGCGACCACGACUGCGUCGGUCCAGCUCCAAUCGGUCUGUUUCAUCAAUACAAUCAGAAUCGAUAAUUUCAAUGAUGUCAACCGCGAGCCGUCGUCAAACCGAAAUUUCUGGUGGAAACCUUCAAGAGUCCCACAGAUCACCCCAGAUUAUUCCCGCCUCACCUUCGAAUAGUAGGUACGGGAGUCGUUCGCACAAGCUAGCAAAAGAUGUCCACUCGAAGAGAAUUCACGAGCGAAGGCAAAAGAAACGCGAAGAGCACGAGAAAGAGCGAAAAAGGCGACAGCAGAAAAACGAAGAAAAGAAACAACGGAAAGAAGCAAGAGCUUCCGCACUGACGAAUGAAACAGACACCGAAGAACCACAAUAUACGACGAUCAAUACAUUGCUGUACGAUUUCUUGGUUUUUAAUCUAUUGCUGGUAUUAUCAUUUCCGCAAUACCUCGUAUCGUUCUUGUGGUCUCGAACAUUUUCAAAGCAAUGGUCUGCCCGCCGCAAAACCGUGGUUGUGACGGGUGCCAGGUCACCUCUAGCAGCAGAAACAGCAAGGCAAUACGCUGCUCAGGGUGCAAACCUCAUUUUGAUAUCUCAUUCAUCUACGUCCGUGGAAGAUGAUUUAGAUUGGUUGGUCGAAGAAUGCCACCAAUUGGGUUCUUCAAAUGUGAGAUCCUAUUCCGCUGAUUUGUCAAAAGCCGAUAGUGCCGAGCAGACUUUACAACAAGCUGCAGAGGACUUCAACGAAACAUUUGAUGUUGUAAUUCUCAAUGGAGAAAAUAAAUCCCACGGGUGUCUUUUCGAGGAAAUCAUUGACGUUCACGAAAUCGAGGACAUGGUGAAGGGGAAUACCAUCGGUUGUCUCACGACACUGCACUAUGCCUUGAAACACAUCCCAAAAACAUCCGACUCGAGAAUUGUGAUUUUGUCAAGUACCUCUGGGUUGAUCGCCUCACCAUACAAAAGUGUGUACGGUGCGACUCAACACGCGCUCAAGGGCUUCUGUGAUUCAAUUCGGAUGGAACUCAACAGCAAUUAUACCGAACGCAGAGCUCCUAAAAUUUGUUAUGCAUCCUUUCCUGAACUCAUAGGGAAAAAUAUUCACCACCAAAACUGUAAUAUUCAUAUCUCACGAAUGGGUGCUGAGAAUCCACCCAUGAAGACUCACUCGUGGGCAGCAAUCCCUCUGCAAAAAGCAGUUCAUGACUUGUUAGAAGCUGUAGCUUUGGGUGAACGAGAUUAUGGCUCUCCUCGGCAUGUGAAGGCUUGGAGAUGUUUCCAGGCCAUAGCACCUAGAUGGGCAGACUUUUCGAUACUCAGACACGUUCAAAAAACACAAUGUCGAUCCGUGGAAAAAGACAUAAAUGAAAAGCAGAGAAAAUGAUAGCAGAGUGGUGAGAGAUAUGCUAGGAAGAAGAACUGGUUGUAUUAUUGACGAAAACUCAAUUUUCAGCUCGUAUAUGUAUCAUGAAGUUCGUAGCAACUAAAUAAGUAUUGAUUUGAUUAGUAGCUUUUUUUAUCUGAUUCACAAUCACAACAACCCAGGUAUCAUUGGACAAGCCCUGGGAAAUGAGUUGCAUAUAAAAGGAUAAAUCGAGGCAGACACAAAUUCAGUACCUUGUAGAGCGAUUCUUCCCGAAAAAUUUGUCGUCAUAGCACCAAUUGUCAUUAAAAUCAUAAAUUGUACACUAAUCUUUCUCAUGAUUAGCAGCACCUCCAGCAAAAGACGUUGAUAGGAGAAUGAACUUGAUCAGCUGUAUUUUGAGUACAUUCAAAGGCCGAAGAGCUUGUCAUUCAGAAGUUACAUGGAUUAUUGUUUUACGGUACUCGCAUGCAAAUUUGCUUACAUGCAACAUUAUGUCAUUUUCCCCAACCUUACCAUCGUUGUUGAAAGCGCGCCGCAGGGCAAUCCCGAUUUUGCAACGCGUUGUGACCCUAAUUCACGAGUAGAUAGUGAAUAAGCUCACUCUUUAUUGUAAACACGUAAAUCAUUCGGCACUAGAGAGCCUAUCAAAUUCGGGUCUAGCUUCUCCAAAGAAUUGAUAUCGUUUUGUUGAUACCACCAGAAUCGUACUGUGGCCUCGGAGGUAUAGAAAGAUUUUUUUAUCAUUCUGAUACAGCUAUUUAUCUUGAUUUUUUUCUGUUGGUGUCGUCAAGAUUCAAUCUGCAGAAUUUAUGGUUACCUUCAUAAUUUUUAUUUUUGACGCACGUGUUUUUGCUAGGAGUGUGCGUUCGAUAGGGCGGCCUUUUUUUACUGUAAGAGAACAAAUUUUUUGGAUAAUAGCAUUCUUCUUCUUCUUAUUUUUAAGUUUGAUUGAAAGCUAAAAAUAAAAGUAAGGUUUUGCGCUAUGACCAAUCACACAAAGAGACAGCGAGGAAGGUGUAACAAAAAAUCUUACUCACCGUCGCACAUCGGACAAAUAAAAACUAUCAGACAAAUGAAAAAAUGAAAAUAGCAAAUUGUGAAAAGAGUUUCUUGUUACGAAGAAGUAGACGGUGAUGUCACGUAUCAUAUUUUUUCCAGUGAUUUCUCUCGUACUGUACUGAAUACAAAAUAUUUUGCAGCUACAAGAGCCCGAAGAAAAUGUAUCGAAUCAGUAGUGUUCAAUGUUUAAUUUUGCAUCUUCAGCAUGAAAGUUGGCUAACUUUGUUUCGCCAAGAAGGAGAAAGCAAGUAUUGUUUUUGAUGCCCAAACUUACAAUCGCCAUUAAGAUAUCAACAAGAAAACAACAACACAAUCCAUCCAACAAGCUCAAAAGAGAACUUUUCGUUGACAAAUAUGGUUGAAGAAGGGUUGUGUUGUGCAAACGAACGGUUGAAUAGGUUGGUAACUCUGAUGCGUUUGGUUCGUGACAACGACAUCAAUUCACGUGCGCUAAUAAAAAACGAAAAAAUGCGUCUGAAACCGAAGUUGCCGAGAAAUGCUAGCGAAUGCAUUCUCGGGAGUACAGAAUCGCAGAUACCCGACAAGUAUUCUUCCAGAAGAAACGAUGCUCUGAUUCUAAAAACAAUCCAGAAGCUACAACAAGCGCGAGAAAAUCCAUCUGAAAUCUCCAGGACCUUCAAAUUACAAAACAAUCAGUAUCUCGACUGAUGAAAUCAAAAACAGAAUUCAUACACUCAGUAGAUUGAUGAAUGAAAACUUGUUGCAGUAAGGUAUAACAAUCAAGGAUUUUUUUAUUGAUGUAAAAUGAAUGAAACCAAAUUGCUCGGGAUGGCAAAAUAUCAAUUUUUUGAAUCCAUGAAGACGAUAAUUCUGUUGGUAGCAACAUCCUUUAGAACGAAGGUUUAUUGUUGCAUUAACAGGAAUCAAAUUUUGCUCACUUUGUAUCGUUCAACGAAGAAAAAAAAGAGAUUAAAAGACACGUUAAAUGUCUGUAGAGGAACUCCUCCUUGCUGUAUGUCCGCUGCAGACCUACUACCCUGCUUUGACUUCGAUGUCCCUAUCGUCCUUCGUCUCAGUCUCAAUGUUGUUCUUCGAAUCAUCUCCUGGAGAAGAAAGCGCAGCAGGUUCCUCGCCUGUAUCAGUACCACUUUCAACGAUCUCAAGAUCGAAGAAAACGGCCCUGAACGUCAAAAUGAUGCAUGUCAUAAGCACAGUCGUAAAUUGAGUUGCUGCUAUACUCCAAAGCCC